AUGGUCAAAUCUACAUACCAACCAUCGGCUUCUGCUUUGCAGCCGCUACCGCCCGGCUGGACCGAACACAAAGCACCGACAGGCCACACAUACUACCACAAUGCCGAAACGAAAGAGUCGACGUACAAACGGCCGGGCGUCGCGCCCACCGCCCCAUCGAUCAACCCGGCGAUGAACAGCUUUGUACAGCACCAGACCGUGCCCCAAGUCAAUCUCUCUGAUCCAAAUGUGGCAAACGCAUUCAUGGCCCAAUACGGCCAGCCACCUCCACACCAACAACGCGGCCAGCGAGGCGGGUCGGGGCCAGGUGCGCGAGGAGGAUUCCAGGCGAGGCCAAGGCCGCAACCCGUCGACAAGCCGCGACUGAAGAUUCCGAUCCCAGGCGCCGAGCCGUGGAUUCUCGUGUAUACGAAAUACGGCCGUCGAUUCGCGUACAACCCGACCAAGAACGCGAGCUACUGGCGCAUUCCGGAAAAGCUGAUGCCGGCAAUUCUUGAGUUGGACACCGCACGGAUCCGGCAAAAGGCGGAAGGGAAAGAAAUAGAAUCACACAAUGGAGGCAAGGAUGCGGACGCGCAGGGGGGUGCCACCGCAGCUGCUCGCCCUUCGGCCCCAUCCCCACAAGCGGAAGAACAAGCGACGCACGAGUACGACAGCUCGGAGUAUGAAGAAGUCGAAGUGACAGAUGACGAGGGCGCAGAAGGAGACGAGAAAAACCAAGAAACAGACGGGGAAGGUCACGCCCGCAAGCGACAACGCACCGAAGAGCCGCCAGCCGACACCGGACCGGCUGAGUUUACCGAGGCCGACAUAGCAGCACAGCUCGCGGCCAUGGGCGCUGGGUAUUAUGGCAAGGACGAUGUCGCGAUGGGCGAGGGCGUUGAGGGUGAGGAGGAAUGGGAGGAAGGCGACGAAGGACUCCCACUCUCAGAUGAAGACGCGCGCCUGCUGUUCAAAGACCUGCUCAACGAUUUUCGCAUCAACCCCUACAGUCCCUGGGAGAAGCUCAUUGAAGAGGGCAAAGUCUUUGACGAUCCACGCUACAGCGUGCUUCCUACGACUAGAGCUCGUCGCGAGGUCUGGGAGGAAUGGUCGCGGGCCAAAAUCCAAGAGAACAAUGACCGGCGCGUCAAGGAAGAAAAGAAGGAUCCGCGCAUACCAUACCUGGCUUUCCUUCAGGACAAAGCCACGCCCAAGCUGUAUUGGCCUGAGUUCCGGCGCAAAUACAAGCGCGAGGCCCCGAUGAAGGACCCCAAACUUCACGACCGCGACCGUGAACGCUUUUAUCGCGAGCACAUCGGCCGGCUGAAAUUGCCGAGUACCACACUUAAGGCAGAUCUGCGCAAACUCCUAGUGUCGGUGCCACUGUCGACCCUCAACAACACGACUGACCUUUUGACUCUGCCCCCCCAGGUGCUGUCCGAUAUCCGGUACAUUUCCCUCGACCCGUCCAUACGCGAUCCUUUCGUGGAAGCUUAUCUCCAGGAUCUCGGCCCACCCCCUCUCGCGGGCGGCGAGGGUGCGGGUGAUGGCGAGGACGACGCUGUUAAAAAGUCCCACGGGGAACGACUCAAGCGGGAGAAGGCAUUGGAGGAACGGCAGCGGGCCGUGGCCGAGGAGAAGCGACGGCAGGAGAAGCGGGUGCAGUACGAACGGGCGCGGCUGCGGGACGGGGAGCGCGAGAUUGAGAGGGCCAUGCAUGUGGACAAGAAGGGGCUGCAGAGCCAGUUGACUGGGGAGUUGGCGAAGACAUAG